AUGGCAGCUGCGUCCCUUGGACAGGCGAAGUGCUCUAGCAGUGGCAAAGCCGGCAAGGGCAAGGGCAAGGGCGGCAAGGGCAAGGGCAAGCGCAAAGGCAAAACCGGCGACAAAGGGGCCCCUUGCAAGAGACCUCGCGGACCAGUGCCCACACGCUCGCUGCUUAUCACGAGCCACACGCCGAGCCAAUGCAGCAAGGCAACACGAGAAGCGAUCCGGUUGGUGGAGGCAGCUUCAGAGUCACUUCGACAAGUGCCUGAAGCCAAAGAGGAUACCCCAGCUGCGAGAUCAGCAGGCGAGUCCCUGGAAGCAGAACUUCAGGCCUUGAGGGGAGACGGCUCUGUGAAGCCACAGAAGAAACCUCUCCACUUCUACUGCGAGGUCAGUCGUGGUGUGGCGCUCUUGUCCUACCCUGGAGAAGAGGCUUCAGAAUCGAUACCUCACGACCGUGCUCGGUGCAAUGACUGCAUUCAUGGAUCAUAUUUGUACGUGCAGCAGGAUUUGAAUGCUCCUUCUCCGUCCGUGCUGGUGCAGCGUGUUUUCGCUCAGCAGCGCGAUGGUGGGCACGAUGCGCAGGCGUGGGCAGCUAGAGUUGAGCACGCCGCACAAGUCUUCGGCAAUUCUGCAUGCAUCGGUGAGGCAGCGCGAUUUGUGUGUCGCAUGGCUCCGCUGGAUUAUGUCUGUGCACCUCAUUUGAAGAACUUCCAGGCAGCUGCGGCCGCGGUCCUUCCCGGGGCUUUUGCCAAAGCCAGGGAUGGCGCGGGCUGGUACUUUGCUUUCCACAGCCGCGCGAUGGGCACCAUCAAGCGCGAUGAAGCGAUGAGUGUGUCCUCGACCCGGUUAAAGCAAGUGUUGGGCCCCUUGCCGGUGGAGCUCUCCGUGUCCGAUGCAGAGUACAUGGUUGUGAUCGAGGUCAACCCCGUCCUUUGUGGUUUCUCCGUUCUGCAAGAUUAUGAAGAUCUCCUCCAUGAGUGCAAUUUGCAGAAAGCUUGCGAAGUCUACGAGAACAAGGCCUGUGACUGCGACUUCGAGAGUGAGGAUGAGCCAGAGGACGAAGACGAAGACGGCGAAGACGGCGAGGAUGACGAAGAUGAGGACGAGAAAGAUGGUACUCCUACCGAAGUUGACACAGCCGAGGCCCAGGUGCACAGAGCCAGGACGAAGGAUGGCAAAGAGCUUGCCAUCAAGAUCCAGCGAGACAAGCUGAAGGAGAUGUACGAUCUUGAUUUGGCACAGUUUGACAAGAUUGCUGUCAUGCUGGACAAGUACAAGAUCGGAGUGGAGGGCGCUUCGCAGGUGUGGGUCGACAUGUUCGAGGAUGCCAAGGUCAUUCUUUAUCGAGAGAUCGACUACCUGGCAGAGGCUGAAAACACGAGACGGUGGACUGAGAAUUUCAAGAAGGUCAAGUGGGUGACGAGCCCCGAAGUUGUGGAUGAGUUCACCACCUCCAAAGUUCUGGCGCUCACCUUCAUCGCCGGUACAAAGAUCUCGGACCUGAAGAAGCUCGAGAGUCAGGGCUUCGACAGGACGCUGCUGGCCAAGAAUCUCGCGCAGGCAUACCUCCUCCAGUUCUGCAAGUUCGGUUUCUUCAACACGGACCCCCAUCCUGGCAACUUGGCCGUGGAUGACCAAUAUCCGGGAGGUCGGCUGAUCUUCUACGAUUUCGGCCAGGCCUGCGAGCUCACCGACAGUCAAGCAGAUGGCAUCCUACAGGUGAUCCAGUCCAUCGUGGACUUUGAGGCCAAAGACUGCGUGAAGGCCAUGGACAGCUUGGGCUGCCUCAAGGAAGGGACCGACUUCAAGGCCGUUGAAGGUGUCGUCCAGAAAAACUUUGAGACGGGCAAGGUGAAGAGCAAGCGGAGCAAGCGAAAGCGCGAGCUCACAGAGGAGGAGCAGCAGAAGAAAGCACCAAAGCAGUCGGAGGUGAUGAAGUACUUCCAGCUGCCUCCUGCGCUGGCUUUCGUGUCUCGGGCCAUCACUCAGAUGCAGGGCGUCGGUGUGAUGCUGGACGAGGAUUACGAGUUCAUCGACUUCGUAGCCGAUAAGGUGCCAGAGCUUCAGGUCGAGCGGGGCGCUGGCAUCAGCUACAUUGCCGGGCAGCUCUUCAAGAACUGGGUGAGAGCAUGA